AUGGCCAUCACCGAGAUCGCCAUUCUAAAGCUGCGGCCCGCAGCCCUGACAGCCACCAACAAGCCCAAUGAAGCCACCACAGCAUUUCUUCGCACCGCCAAACAAGCCAUGGAAUCAUAUACCGGGUUCCCAUUUUACAUCUUCACCCAGUUCGAAGAUCCCGCACUUGUCUAUAUAGUCGGCAACUGGGAUACGAGAAGGCAGCACUAUGAUGAUUGGAUACCAUCUGAUGCGAACCAAGGCCUGUUGGAGAGCGGCAAGGAUCUAUUUGAUAUUGCGGGACUAGCACACCUUGAUAUCAACCAGCAGGAAUCGGGGCUUCCGUCAGAUGCGCCGGUGCUAGCGCUCGAUUGGUUCCAUAUGACUCCUGGCCAGAAAGAGGAAUUCAUCAGGGCCUGGGAAGGGAGCGUUUCUACCUGUUUGAAAGAGAUGACUGCUCCAUAUAUCGUUCGAAGCGGAUGGCGCAUUGAUGGAGAGCGAAAGAUCGAAGACAAGGAAGAAGUCGGCGCAGACGGGGAGCCGGAAUUAGAGGAGUUUGCAGCAUUCUCAGGAUGGCGGGAUGUCGGCCACAGCGACUCGUAUAAGGGGUCAGAAGGAUUCAGCCGAUUCCAACAGCUUCUUGGCCUUGCAACCAAGGUUGAAUCCAAACGACUUAUCAGGCUUGAUCUCUAG